AGAUGGCAUCGGAGGUGGUGUGUGGACUGGUCUUCAGGUUGCUGCUGCCCCUCUGCCUGGCCGUGGCGUGCGCUUUCCGGUACAAUGGGCUCUCGCUGGUCUACCUCAUCUACCUCCUGCUCAUCCCCCUGUUCUCGGAACCCACGAAGACGACAAUGAAAGGACAUACAGGACGGCUACUCAAGUCCCUGUGUUUCUUCAGUCUAUCAUUUCUGCUCCUGCAUAUCAUCUUCCAUAUCACCUUAGCGAGUUUGGAAGCUCAUAACCGUAUCGCACCUGGUUAUAACUGUUCAACAUGGGAGAAGGCAUUUCGGCAGCUUGGCUUCGAAAGCAUGAAUGGAGUCGACGCAGGCAAUGGAAUCAGAGUGUUCGUCCCCGACAUUGGCAUGUUCCUCGCCAGUUUGACCAUCUGGCUGAUCUGCCGAAAUAUUGUUCAGAAACCGGUGUCUGAGGAUGCGGCGCAAUACAACACGCAGUUUGAAAAUGAAGAAAUGACUGGAGAAGAAAAACUGGAUUCUGAUGAUGCAUUGAUAUAUGAAGAGGAUUUAGAUACAGGAGGCAGUGGUGAAGGGGAGACUGAAGAAACGGCAAAAUUAAAAAUUCUGCGUAGGCUGGCUUCAUUUGCUUCUAAACUGAAAGAGUUUGUUGGCAACCUCAUAACUACCGGCGGGAAAGUUGUCGUGACUGUUUUACUGGGCUCAUCAGGUAUGAUGUUGCCAUCUUUGACCUCAUCUGUGUAUUUUUUUGUGUUUUUGGGGCUAUGCACAUGGUGGUCCUUCUGCCGAACUUUUGAUCCGCUGAUAUUCAGCUGUCUGUGUGUGUUAAUGGCCAUCUUCAAUGCUGGGCACUUGAUUGGACUUUAUCUGUACCAGUUCCAGUUCUUUCAGGAGGUGAUUCCACCUGAUGACUACUAUGCAAAGCUAUUUGGCAUCACGUCGGUAAUUCAGACGGACUGUUCCAGCACUUGGAAGAUCGUAGUGAAUCCCAAGCUGUCCUGGUAUCACCAUGCCAACCCCAUCCUUCUCCUGGUGAUGUACUACACCCUUGCGACCUUGAUUCGCCUCUGGCUACAAGAACCUCUUGAAGACGAGAAAUCUAGUGUCAAGGAAGAAGACGGAGAUGAGGCCCGCAGCCCCAAUCCCAUCACUGCAGAGCGGAGACGGAGUUUGUGGUAUGCCACCCACUACCCGACCGAUGAGAGAAAACUUUUAUCCAUGACCCAAGAUGACUACAAACCAUCUGAUGUCCUGCUGGUUACUGUGAAUGGGAAUCCCGUUGAUUACCACAGCAUCCACCCCAGCCUCCCCCUUGAGAACGGGCCAGCCAAAGCAGACAUAUACUCUACCCCUCAGUACAAGUGGGAGCCAUCGGAUGAAACAUCAGAUAAAAAAGAGGAAGAGGAGGAAGAGGAGGAUGAAGAAGAAGAUAGCCAGGAGGAGAAAAAAAAUGUCAAAGUUCAUGUGAUGGUUUCUGUGUUCCAAUUUAUUAUGAAACAAAGUUACAUUUGUGCCCUUAUUGCAAUGAUGGCAUGGAGUAUUACAUAUCACAGCUGGCUGACGUUUGUGUUGCUGAUCUGGUCUUGCACCCUCUGGAUGAUUCGGAACCGCAGGAAAUAUGCCAUGAUUAGUUCCCCGUUCAUGGUCUUCUAUGGGGACCUUCUGUUGAUGCUACAGUACAUAUGGAGCUUUGAUGCCGACAUCAAGAAUGUCCCGGGAUUUGUGGUAAAGAAGGACCCUGGCGAGCUGGCCUCCAAGAUUCUCUUCGCCCUUACUUUCUGGCUCCUGCUAAGGCAGCACCUCACAGAGCAAAAAGCCCUCCAGCUCAAAGAAGCUUCUUUAUCGGAGGUUAAGAUUGGAAGUCUGGAAACUGAGGAAAAAGACGAAGAACUUCAAGAGAUACAAGUGGAAGGAGAAGCUGAACAGGAAGAGAAGGAAGAAGAUGAGGAGAAAAAGAGGAAGAAGAAGAAGGAGGAGGAAGAAGAAGAUGAAGAUGACCAGGAUAUUAUGAAAGUCCUUGGGAAAUUGGUUAUGGCCUUGUUUAUUAAAUACUGGAUUUAUGUCUGUGGAGGGAUGUUCUUCUUUGUCAGCUUCGAGGGGAGAAUUGUGAUGUACAAAAUCAUCUAUAUGGUGCUGUUCCUGUUUUGUGUGGCUCUGUAUCAGGUGCACUAUGAAUGGUGGAGGAAAAUGCUUAAGUAUUUUUGGAUGUCAGUGGUGGUUUACACAAUGCUGGUGCUUAUCUUCAUAUACACAUAUCAAUUUGAAUCAUUCCCUGGACUCUGGUCGAAUAUGACAGGGCUGGAUAUAAGAAAAUUAGAGGAUCUCGGUUUGAAAAAAUUUACUGUGACUGAGCUGUUCACUCGCAUCUUUAUCCCAACCUCCUUCUUGCUGGUGUGUAUAUUACACCUUCAUUAUUUCCAUGACCACUUCCUCCAGCUCACAGACUUAAAGUCUAUAGCCAGCAAAGAGGAUAACACCAUCUACAGCCAUGCCAAAGUCAAUGGGCGUGUGUAUCUAAUAAUAAAUAGCAUCAAGAAAAAAUUACCAAUCCACCAAAAUGAACUCGUCCACCAAGAUGGAAGCCUCCCAGACCUUACCAUGCUGAAUCUUGCAGCCAGUUUGGACAAAGAUGAAAAGAAAAACCAGGAAGACGAUACCGAAGAGAAGGCAGAGGAGCAUGAUGGGGACCGGGAGAAAGAAGAAUACAAAAAAGAUAGUGAAGAAGAGGCAGAUGAGGAAGAUGAAGAUGACUCAGAGGAGGAAGAAGAAACAUCAGAUUUAAGAAACAAAUGGCAUCUAGUCAUAGACCGCCUCACUGUGCUGUUCUUGAAAUUCCUGGAAUACUUUCACAAGCUGCAAGUGUUUGUAUGGUGGAUUUUGGAGCUACACAUAAUCAAAAUCGUCUCUUCCUACAUCAUCUGGGUGACCGUGAAAGAGGUCUCCGUCUUCAACUAUGUGUUUUUGGCUUCUUGGGCUUUCGCUCUGCCCUACGCCCAGUUUCGCCCACUGGCAUCAAGCAUCUGCACUGUCUGGACUUGUGUGAUUAUCGUCUGCAAAAUGUUGUACCAGCUCACAUCCAUCGAGCCUCAGAAAUUCUCCAGUAACUGUACAGUGCCUCACGAGAAUGAAACGAACAUCCACAACCGGACAGAGCUGCUCAUGUCCAUUCUCUACCGUCAGCCCAUUGAUCCAGCCGAAUGGGUUGGACUGCGGAAGUCUACUCCUUUGCUUGUGUACCUGAGGAAUAAUCUCCUGAUGCUAGGUAUUCUGGCUUUUGAAGUUACAAUUUACCGCCAUCAAGAGUACUACAGAGGGCGGAACAACCUUACGGCCCCUGUGUCUAAGACCAUUUUCCAUGACAUUACGAGACUGCAUUUGGACGAAGGCCUCAUCAGUUGCGCCAAGUACUUCAUAAAUUACUUCUUUUACAAGUUUGGGCUGGAGACCUGUUUCCUCAUGUCAGUUAAUGUCAUCGGCCAGCGAAUGGAUUUCUACGCCAUGAUUCAUGCUUGCUGGCUAAUUGCUGUCCUGUAUCGACGCAGAAGGAAAGCUAUCGCAGAGAUCUGGCCCAAGUAUUGCUGCUUCCUGGCUUGCAUCAUCACAUUUCAGUACUUCUUGUGCAUUGGCAUCCCACCGGCUCCUUGUAAAGACUACCCAUGGAGAAAUCCAGGUGCCCAGUUCAACUCCAACAUCAUAAAGUGGCUAUACUUUCCAGACUUCAUCGUGAGGCCGAACCCCGUCUUCCUGGUCUAUGACUUCAUGCUGCUGCUGUGUGCCUCCUUGCAGCGCCAGACCUUUGAGGAUGAAAAUAAGGCUGCAGUGCGCAUCAUGGCUGGGGACAAUGUGGAAAUUUGCAUGAACCUGGAAGCCGCCUCUUUCAGUCAACACAACCCCGUGCCGGACUUCAUUCACUGCCGGUCUUAUUUAGACAUGUACAAAGUGGUCAUCUUUAGCUAUCUCUUCUGGUUCGUGCUGACGAUCAUCUUCAUUACGGGAACGACCAGGAUCAGCAUUUUUUGCAUGGGGUACCUGGUGGCGUGUUUCUAUUUCUUGCUGUUCGGAGGGGAUUUGCUGCUGAAACCCAUCAGAAGCAUUCUGCGUUACUGGGACUGGCUGAUUGCCUACAACGUUUUUGUGAUCACCAUGAAAAACAUUCUGUCACUAGGAGCUUGUGGCUACAUUGAAUCAUUAAUUAAAAACAGCUGUUGGUUGAUUCAAGCAUUUAGCCUGGCCUGCACCGUCAAAGGUUAUAACAUCCCGACCAAUGACAAGAACUGUAAAUUGCCCAGUGGUGAGGCAGGAAUCAUCUGGGACAGCAUCUGCUUCGCCUUCCUAUUGCUGCAAAGAAGAGUUUUCAUGAGCUAUUAUUUCCUUCACGUGGUGGCAGAUAUCAAAGCUUCACAGAUCCUAGCAUCGAGAGGAGCCGAGCUGUUCCAGGCCACCAUUGUGAAAGCAGUGAAAGCCAGAAUUGAAGAGGAGAAAAAAUCAAUGGACCAACUAAAGAGACAGAUGGAUCGCAUUAAGGCCAGGCAACAGAAAUAUAAAAAGGGAAAAGAACGAAUGCUGAGCCUGAACCAGGAGUCCGGAGAAGUACAAGACAGUCAAAAAGUUUCUGAAGAAGAUGAUGAAAGAGAAGCAGACAGAGAAAAAGCCAAGGGCAAAAAAAAGCAGUGGUGGCGACCUUGGGUUGAUCAUGCUUCCAUGGUCAGGAGUGGAGAUUAUUAUUUGUUUGAGACGGACAGUGAAGAGGAGGAGGAGGAGGACCAAAAGGAAGAUGAAGAACCCCGGAAAAAAUCAGCCUUUCAGAGAGCUAUUGGGAAAUUUGCCUCAGCCAUUUUAGCCUUGCCCAAGUCUGUCAUUAAACUUCCUAAAACUAUUCUUCAGUAUUUAAUCAGAGCUGCAAAGUUCGUUUAUCAGGCCUGGAUCACUGACCCUAAAACAGCUCUGCGGCAAAGAAGGAAGGAAAAGAAAAGGGCUGCGAGAGAAGAGAAGGAGCGGAGGAGGAGAAGAUUUGGGGAAGGUUCCAUGGAAUAUGAUGAGAGGCACGAUGAACCAGUCAAAAAGAAAAAAGAUGGGCCAGAUAACAUCAUCAAAAGGAUAUUUAACAUUUUGAAGUUCACCUGGGUUCUGUUUUUGGCAACGGUGGAUAGUUUUACAGCAUGGCUCAAUUCCAUUUCAAGAGAGCACAUUGAUAUCUCUACCGUGCUCAGAAUUGAACGGUGCAUGCUGACUAGAGAAAUUAAAAAGGGAAACGUUCCAACUCGGGAGAGCAUCCACAUGUACUAUCAGAACCACAUGAUGAACCUUUCUAGAGAGUCGGGGCUGGACACCAUUGAUGAAGAUCCUAGCCCUGCCUCAGGUGUUCAAACGGCCAAGCGGAUGGAUAGCUUAGAGUCUCAUGACAGUAUUUCCAGUGAACCCACACAGUGCACCAUGCUGUAUUCCCGCCAGGGGACAACUGAAACCAUCGAGGAAGUGGAGGCAGAACAAGAGGAAGAGGGCGGAGUCUCCCCGCCCCCUCCAGAAGAUGAGGAAGAAGAGUAUGACGAGCGGUCCGAAGAGAUCAGCCUGACACCCGACCCCGCCAUCCCGAGGUACUACACCACUGACCUGGAUGUGGAGGCCCCGCCAUCCUACAGCAAAGCGGUCAGUUUCGAGCACCUCUCCUUCAGCUCCCAGGAUGACUCUGCCGACAAGAACCACAUGGUUGUAAGUCCAGACGACAGCCGGACGGACAAAUUGGGCUCCAGCAUCUUGCCCCCGCUGACCCAUGAGCUGACAGCCAGUGAGCUUCUUCUAAACAAGAUGUUUCAGGAUAAGGAGUUGGAGGACUCAGAGAGAUUUUACGUCGGCCAGCCGCGGUUCCUGCUCCUGGUGUACGCCCUGUAUAACACGCUGGUGGCCCGAUCUGAGAUGGUGUGUUACUUUGUGAUCAUCCUCAAUCACAUGGUCUCCGCUUCCAUGAUCACCCUGGUGCUUCCCAUCCUGAUCUUCCUCUGGGCUAUGCUGUCCGUCCCCCGGCCCAGUCGGCGUUUCUGGAUGACGGCCAUCGUCUACACGGAGGUGGCCAUCGUGAUCAAGUAUUUCUUCCAGUUCGGCUUCUUUCCUUGGAACAAGAAUGUGGAGUACACCAAGGACAAACCUUACCACCCACCUAACAUCAUCGGCGUUGAGAAGAAAGAGGGCUAUGUCCAUUAUGACCUGAUUCAGCUCCUGGCGUUGUUCUUCCACCGAUCGAUUUUAAAGUGUCAUGGCUUAUGGGAUGAAGAUGACAUCAUUGGCAGUGGCACUGAUAAGGAUGACUCUGAUGACGAUCUCUCCUUGAUGGGGGGAAGGAGAGAUUCGUCCGCCUCCCUCAAGUCGGUGAAUCUCGCAGCUUCGGUGGAAUCCAUCCAUGUCCAUUUCCCUGAGCAGCAGGCUGCCAUCAGGAGGAAAAGUUCCAGUAGCGGGUCCCAGCUUUCCCACAGAUCUAGCCUCUCCUCCCACAGGUCUAAGAGAGGCAGCACAAGUACCAGGAACAGCAGUCAGAAAGGAAGCAGUGUACUGAGCAUUAAGCAGAAGAGCAAAAAGGAAAUACUUAUGGAAAAACUCCGAGAAAAGUUGAUCGAAGCCAAAGCACUUACCAUAAAAAAGACUCUCCAAGUGUACGUGCCCAUCAAGCAGUUCUUCUACAACCUCAUCCACCCAGACUACAGUGCCGUGACUGAUGUGUACGUGCUGAUGUUCCUGGCUGACACUGUUGACUUCAUCAUCAUCGUGUUUGGCUUUUGGGCCUUCGGGAAACACUCGGCGGCUGCAGAUAUCACCUCUUCGCUGUCCGAGGACCAGGUCCCCGGGCCUUUCCUGGUCAUGGUUCUCAUUCAGUUUGGAACCAUGGUGGUAGACCGAGCGCUGUAUCUCCGGAAGACCGUGAUGGGGAAGGUCAUUUUCCAAGUCAUCCUGGUGUUUGGGAUUCACUUCUGGAUGUUCUUCAUCUUGCCAGGAGUCACUGAGAGGAAAUUCAGCCAGAAUCUAGUAGCCCAACUUUGGUAUUUUGUGAAGUGCCUUUACUUUGGAUUAUCCGCAUACCAGAUCCGCUGUGGCUAUCCAACUCGAGUGCUGGGUAACUUCCUCACCAAGAGCUACAAUUACGUAAAUCUCUUCCUAUUUCAAGGAUUCCGCCUGGUUCCGUUUUUGACUGAGCUGCGAGCAGUUAUGGACUGGGUGUGGACCGAUACCACGCUGAGCCUCUCCAGCUGGAUCUGCGUGGAGGAUAUUUACGCGCACAUAUUCAUCUUGAAAUGCUGGCGAGAGUCAGAAAAAAGGUACCCUCAGCCCCGGGGCCAGAAGAAAAAGAAAGUGGUCAAGUACGGGAUGGGCGGCAUGAUCAUUGUGUUGCUGAUUUGCAUCGUCUGGUUCCCCCUGCUCUUCAUGUCUUUGAUCAAAUCUGUGGCUGGAGUCACCAACAAGCCUCUGGAUGUGUCCAUCACAAUCACUCUGGGUGGUUACCAGCCUAUAUUCACAAUGAGUGCUCAACAGAGCCAGCUGAAAGAUAUGAAUGGAACCGACUUCAGAAGAUUCAUGAGAGGUUUUUCAGGGAAAGCCACUGCAUUGCAAUUUCUGGAGAACUAUGGUGUGGAAGACAUAACAAUAGUGGAACUGGAAGGGAAUUCAAAUUCGCUGUGGACCAUCAGCCCUCCCAGUAGGCAGAAAAUGAUAGAAGGGCUCAAGGAUCUUGAUAACGCCUUCACUCUGGUCUUUUCUUGGAGCAUUCAGAGGAAUCUCAGUCUUGGUGCAAAAGCUGAAAUAGCAUCGGAUAAACUUUCUUUCAAUAUGCAGAAUGAAACCCGGCUCAAAAUAGCCAGCAUGAUGUCUGAAACAAAUCCAAAAGAAGAGGAGAAACCAGUGGACCUAGGCCCUAUCUACCCUUAUUACCUCAAAGCACCAAGUGAUUCCAACACAAAACCCAUAAAGCAGCUCCUGGAUGAUGAACAGUUCAUCAACAUCACCAUUGCUCUGUCCAGAGCCAGCACUGGUUCAGACAACAACAGUGAGUGGUGGAUUCUUAACCAGAAAGGGGAUACGGUCAUGAAACCUAAAACCCAAGAGGGCUUGGAGCUAGUGGUCUUCAGUGACAAAGUGAGCCCUCCCAGCCUGGGCUUCUUAGCCGGCUAUGGAAUCAUGGGACUUUAUGCUUCGGUUGUCCUUGUGAUAGGGAAGUUCGUCCGCGAAUUCUUCAGUGGGAUCUCCCACUCCAUCAUGUUUGAAGAGCUGCCGAAUGUGGACAGAAUCCUGAAGCUGUGCACGGACAUUUUCUUAGUGCGAGAGACUGGGGAACUGGAGCUGGAGGAAGAUUUAUAUGCCAAAUUAAUAUUCCUGUACCGCUCCCCAGAAACGAUGAUCAAAUGGACUAGAGAAAAGACAAACUGAUCCUCCUCGGGAUCCAGAACGCUGAUGGAUUUGAUUGAAUUUUCCGCAGAAAAGCACAAUAUUCUCACAAGAGCUAAGCCUUUUAGAGUCGGGUAGCAGUGAGCUGUCCCAGACGGAGGAUCGGGGAUCCGCCGCCCGCCGGAACCCUGGCUACGUUUCCGAUUGAGAACGGAUGGUGAAGAAGGUCGUUGGGACACCGGGUGCCGCUUCUUUAAAGCUAAAGGAAAUCGCUUUGUACUCUGGUUAGCGAAGAAGUGUCCGGCGCUGCGUCUGGCACGGCUGGAGAUUCCCUUGGACCGAGGCCCCCGUCCCUCCGGAGAGGGAGAAGGGGGCAAGGGAAUGGGAGAGAUGGCCUGCCGAAGGUUAACUGGACUCGCCCUUUUCUGAAAGGAUGCAGCGUGGGUUGUGCAAUACUCAGCUCUCCGCCCCCCGACUGUGAAGAUGGUACCGUUGGCGCUUCCAGCCCUGGCAGAGGGCAGCCGGGCCCACCUUUCUCGGGAAAGCCGAUGUUGUUGUUGCAUUGGAGCUUUCCGGAGAAGGACCAGCCUCACUCUAAGCAAAAAGAUUCCAAUAAAGAUAAUCUCUAACUGCCUUAUUUCAUUGGAACAAUCCCAGGAAAAGUUUCCGCACGAACGUCAGUGACUUCUCAGGAAAAACCCAAAACACCACAAAACCACAGAAACCAGUUUUGUUGAGGUUCAGCUAAUGGCUGGAGGCAACGAUGGUGAGAGGUUCUCUAAGUUCAUUUUCUUCACCAAAGUAUCGCUCCUCAUUAGACAUAGACAUUAGGCCUGAGGACAGAUUGCCUAAGGAACUCUUUGACUUUGAAACCCCUUUAAUACCUGAGAUUAUGAGCCCUCUUCUGCGUACCUCGGGGCCCCGAUAUGCUUUGGUUGUUUUUUUUUUUUUCCCAUUUCCAUGAUUUAAGGCCAAGGAUUUUCCAGGAUGUGAAAUUGUCCUUCCAGUUUUUCAGGUAUGCAAAAAGUGUUUACAUAUUCCAAUUCACGUUUUUACAUCCGAGACGGGUUUUUAAGUUCCUAAUUAUGAAAGAAGUAUGUGUAAUGAGCUUGGGGAAAUAAACAUGGCCUUUUCUUAAAUUAUUACCAAUGGUGAUCCAACCUCUUCAUUAAAGAACAAUGUAGCAUGAAAAUUUAUGGUGGAAAUGUAAUUUUCAUUCCAUGUUAAAAACGCAAGUUCAGCGAAAAACAUGGCUGAGUGGGUUAGGGAAUGUCAAAGGGUUAUUCUGUGUAGUUUGGAUUCAGUAAUGACUUAAUAAAGCACAUGUUGCAAAGUCAUUUUAAAGAUAUUCUUUAUUCUGCCUUUUUGCAUGAAAUGGGAAAAGUGUCUAUCCCUAUCAUAUACUGAGGAAUUAGAAGAACAUUGAUAAAGAUGCCGAAUGAGUUUCCUUCCUCUUCCUUAGUGGCUGUGUAUGAACUAUAUAAUCCGUAACCCCUUGCAGAUAUCUAGGUUGUUUCCAAAGAGAAAACCGUUAUAGCUGUUACUGAGCUUGAUAAACUAGCCGAGUGCAAAUGAUGUUCACUGCUUCCAAGUCAAUAUUGCACAUGUGUUCCUUUACUGUCAAACUGGCACAUUUUGGAGCCUGAAAAGGGCAACUUGAAAUAAACUGCUUCAACUCAUUGUAACAAUAAAAGCAACUAAGU